AGUCUACGCGUUAAUACAUUUACUAUUUUUAGGACGUCCUCCUCUUCGUCGUAGUUCGUUCGUAGUCAUCGUCUUCUUCGUCUUCUUCGUACGGCGACGCGACGUAUGCGAGAAAGGCGACAGAUUAAAAAAUAAACGUCUAUAAGCGAAACUGCGCCGAUUCUUUUCGACGCAGUCUAAGCAUUUGAAUUAAUUAACAAAAGUCCGAUCUUGAAUGAUAACGCGGAGCAAACAUUCGGAGUUAGGUGCCAUGCGCGUCCUGCUAUCGAAAUUACCGAGGCCGUGGAUCGUCGACGAGAAAAAGGACGAUGGAUACACGGCUCUUCAUCUGGCAGCUCUGAACAAUCACGUCGAAGUUGCCGAACAAUUGGCGCGCGCUGGAAAAGCCGAUCUGGAUUUGCAAAAUGUGAAUUUGCAGACCGCUCUACAUCUCGCCGUUGAACGACAGCACACGCAAAUUGUUCGAUUAUUGGUAAGAGAAGGUGCGAAUUUGAACGUGGCCGAUAAGGACGGUGACACGCCCCUUCACGAAGCACUGAGGCAUCACACUUUGUCGCAGCUGCGACAGCUGCAGGACGUGCAAGACGUCGGUCGUCUUCUAAUGGGUCUUGGUGCUCAGGGUCAGGACAAGAAGAGUAGUUCCUUCAUCGCUUGCUUCCUGGCAGCUCAUGGUGCCGAUCUAGAAUUGAAGAAUAAAAAGGGCCAAACGCCUCUGGAUCUAUGUCCCGAUCCAAAUCUUUGUAAAACUUUGACAACGUGUCACAAAGACAAGGAAUCGCACGACAUCGAAACCGCAGUACCGUCGGCAGCAAUCGACGAAUGUCUGGUUUGUACCGAUGGAAAACGUGAAAUGCUCUUCAGUCCGUGCGGACACGUUGCCUGUUGCAACGUUUGCGCACCAAGAGUGAAAAAAUGUCUAAUCUGUAGGGAAAAUAUUCUUUCGAAAUUGAAGAUCGAGGAAUGCGUUGUUUGCUCCGAUCGCAAGGCCAAUAUCCUGUUCCGUCCGUGCGGUCACAUGUGCGCCUGCGAAAGUUGCGCUGCCUUGAUGAAAAAAUGUGUUCAAUGCAGAACACAAAUUCAACAUAUGGUACCGCUCUCGAUUUGCUGCGGUGGAGAAGGUGAUGUCACUUACGUUAAGGGGUGCAAUGCCUCAGGAACCAUAUCGGAGGUUAAAGCUGACGUAGAAGAAGAACCAGUGCCAAUACCGACCGUCAAUACCAAUACUAAUACCAGUGGUGGGGAAGCUCUUUUGAUGAACAAUGGAAGUCGAGACACGUCUCACAGCGAUAUUCAAAAGCUUCAACAGCAAUUGCAAGAUAUCAAAGAGCAAACAAUGUGUCCCGUUUGUUUGGAUCGUUUAAAAAAUAUGAUCUUCCUCUGUGGACAUGGAACCUGCCAAAUGUGUGGCGAUCGUAUGUCGGAGUGUCCAAUAUGCCGCAAAGCCGUAGACAAACGCAUUUUGCUCUAUUGAAGAGACUGACCGUUAGUUCGAAUUAGACUAUCGGAAUAAUAAUUAUCUAAUAACGUAGUAAUUCCUUAUUGCGCAUCAUAAUAACGCCUGGGAUCAUAACGACCACGAACUUUCCCAUUUCCUGUCAUCGCGAUGGUCCUAUUAAUUGCAUGUUCAUUAUUGAGAAGUAUGUAUACACGAUCGUAAAAUUUACAUUAAAGCGUAUGUACACGUCGUAUAGGACUUUUAGCGAAGAUCCAUAUGAAUAACAAAAAGUAUAAAUGUGUAGUAAAGAAAAAAGAAAAAAAAGAAAAAAAAGAAAAA